AGAGCCUUUGACACGGGAAAUUUGUCCUCUGUGCCUUUGUCAAAUAUAUACAGUUAUGAUGGGGUGGAAAGGAACUGAAGGAUGGGACGUUGCUGUCCUGCAUCUAAUGUCUCCUAGGAUGCCUCCAGUCCCUUGCCCCGCCCCCGUGGUCCUGAGUCACAAAGGCGGUUGCCAGGCACCGGGUGGAGAAAAGAUGCAGCCUCUGCUCUGGAGCGUGCAAUUCGAGUGGAGUUCAGUAGGUGAGCUCCCCGCUUGGAUGGUGAUGGUGGGUCCGGGCCCGGGCUCCCAUUGCUACCCCGGCUUCGGGCAGGGACGUGUGGCUCCCGCUCCUGGGGAGGGACUUCCAGGGACACAAGCCUGUUCUCCAAGCACUCCAGUUGCUCGGGAUCUUUUCACGGUUCACCAGGACUUCAGCUGCACCUUGGCGCUGCCUUCCCCUUUCCCAGGACUGUCAAUGGCAGGAUACCAGCUCUGGUCACCAUGGACCCCACUGGAUGAGAGCUUCCAAUGGCUGCGGCACACAACACCUACCCCUUGCUCCAAACACCCUUUUAGGGCCUCUCCUUGCUUCCCACACACCCCUUCUGACCUAGAAGUGCAGUUGUGCUUUCAAGAAGUCACUCUUGUUCUAGACAGCCCACUUGUGGCACCUGGAGAGAGUCCCAAGUUACCCUGUCACACAUCAGAGCUCCGAGCAGUGAAUAACAAGAAAGGACUGGUGAGAAAGCCCCAGCCAGUCCGCCUCAAUGGAGUAGAUUCUGUUUUCGGUAGGGUCAUCACAGCCCAGCCACCCAAGUGGACUGGAACCUUCCGAGUCUCAGACAAGUCAGCCUUCUGCAAAAUUAUCAGCAGGGAACACCAGUGGCCCACUGGACUCAAGGAGCCUCAGAUUCAGAUGACAGUGACUAUGUGCAAACAGAUGCUACGCUCCAUCCUCCUGCUGUAUUCGACAUAUAAGAAGUGCACCUUUGCCUUGCAGCACUCCAAGUAAAGGUCCCAUCGGGCCCUGAUGUUCCACACCAUGCUCUCUGCUAUGUACCCAAAGCUUACAAAGACCUGUCUACACAAACCGUAACACCAUGCCAGAUAUUUUGUCUUUCAGUCACGCUGUGGCAAGUUCCCCUCUUCAAAAACAGGACCAACCAAUGAUACUGAACAAGGAAGAACAUUUCCACUGUAAAGCUGAAUGGCCAUUUACAAGUCAGCCUAACACUGACACACAUGUGAUAGUGAUUAAACUAUCAUACAAACAAGCCAGCCUAGUGUGAACACACUCAAAUGCCAAUGCCAGUGAUGAGCUGACAGAGAGGGAUGUGAAAAGAAGACAUGUGUGGAUGGAUGUGUGGGUACCAGAGGAUGAAGGGGUCGAAAAUCUGUAUGCAGGCUAAGGACUAAUUUGAAAACAGCUUUUCUUCUCAAACAAAUGCCAACAACAAAACAUAACUUUAAUACCAGUAUGAGUAACAAUAUAUCAAAUAUUAAACAAUCUUAAUAGCAUGGCAAGGAAGAGCUUGACAGCAGCUUUGAGACUGGGCUUUCUGGCAGAAGACAGGAGAAUCCCCUAGAUGUUCAAUUUCUAAUAAACUAUAAUUAUUUUGUAUGAUUCUUACAACUGGAUUGUAGGCAUAAUUCAGAAUAAUAUGGAAAUAAAUACUAUAUAUACAUACAAUGUCA